ACUGCCAGGGCAAAGCGUGAGAGAAGCAUCUCGUACACGCUCUUCACUGCUCGUAGUCGUACAAGGAAACUCUCCUGCGCAGCUCACGAGUCACUUUUCAAAACUCAACGAAUCGAAGAUUCGAGGAGGUAUCGAAGAGCUGAAAGUCAAGCGAGCUGCAUUAUGGCGGGUGCACGUGUGAAAGCCUUCGCCAUCCUAUGCAUGGUAGCACUCUGCCUGCACAUGGCAGAUGCUCAAGUUAGGGGAUUAAGAGUCAAUUACUACCAGAGAUCGUGCCCGAGGGCCGAGCAGAUCAUUAGGACGGCUGUACAGAAUGGGUUUAACAGUGAUCCUACCAUUCCCGCCGGACUCAUCCGAAUGUUAUUCCACGACUGCUUCGUCAGAGGUUGUGAUGCCUCUGUACUUCUGGACAAUGCCGAUUCCGAGAAGCUGGGUGCUCCCAACGCGAAUUCUCUCCGAGGAUUUGAAGUUUUGGACGCAGCGAAAUCAGCACUGGAAGCAGCUUGUCCCGGAGUCGUCUCGUGCGCCGACGUUAUCGCUUAUGCUGCCCGUGACGCCAUGGAAGUGGCUGGAACCGUGAAAGUGCCCAACUGGCUCGGUGGACGAAAGGACGGGUCGACUUCCGUUUCGGCUGAAACUUUGACCGAAUUACCAGCUCCUUUCUCCAACUUCACCACUUUGCAGAGGGCCUUCGAGAGGAAGGGUCUCAACCAGGCCGAUUUGGUCAUUCUCUCAGGUGCCCACACAAUCGGAAUUGCCCGGUGCGGUAUCAUCCUUCAGCGAAUUUACAACUUCAAGGGUACCGGCCAAGCCGACCCCGCCAUCAACCCAGCCUAUGUCCAGACCUUGAGGAACCUCUGCCCAUCUAACGCACCCGGAAAGCAGAUCAACAUGGAGAUGUUGACCCCCACCAAGAUCGACGCCAACUACUUCAACGAUGUUCAAGCAGGACGUGGUCUCUUCGAGUCCGACAACGCUCUCAGAACUACUCCCAUCGGAAGGUCUCUCGUCAGCGUCUACAGAGUUCCCCAGGUUUUCAACGCUGCAUUCGUCGCCUCCAUGAGGAAGAUGGCCAGCAUCGGAGUUCUCACCGGCAGCAACGGAAAGAUCCGCACCAAGUGCAACAUUGCGUAGGCUCGCAGCACAUCUUUCCAAGCUUGAACGAAUCAGUGUGACAUUAGUUGGUCCUUCGACACCAGUCGACUUGGAGGUCUUGCCGUUCUCUUAUCUGAAGUAUGGCGAGAAGCCUUCGCAGGUCUUCUGCAACGCUCGGGGUUUACUUUUACCGGAUUCCUUAGAAUUUAGGCCUCACGUAAUCACCAAGAACGAUGAAGGCAUUUUUAAAGUCAAAUGUAUUGUCUAAGUGUUUCGUGACAGAUUUUACAACCAGAAUAUAAGAUCUGCCUCGCGUGCAAUGUAACAUGCCGGAAAUUGAGGAUUGCAAUUUGUAACACCGUCAUGUAAAUAUAAGAUUUGUUCCAAC